GCUCCAGCUCCUUCUCUUCAGGCAAAAUGAAACCCCUCGUGGCAUUUCUGGUGGUGCUGUCCAUCUUUGGAAUACAAUCGCAGGCAGAGGAGGUUUUUAACAUCUUCGUCCCAAGCAACAAUGGCGGCAAUGUCCAGGAGACAGUGACCAUUGACAACCAGCAGAACACGGCCACCAUCAACAUCCACUCAGGCUCAUGCUCUUCAACCACUAUUUUUGACUACAAGCAUGGUUACAUCGCAUCCAGGGUGCUCUCCCGGAGAGCCUGCUACAUCAUCAAGAUGGACCACAAAGCCAUCCCUGCUCUGGACAAACUCCAACGGUUCCUCUAUGAGAAGCAGACAAUGAAUGCCAUGGACUCCCCAGAGUAUACCUGGGUCAGGUACAACCCUCUGAAGUCCCUGAUCAUGAAGGUGGACUGGUUCCUGUUUGGGUCACCUAUUGAGCAGCUAUGCAAGCACAUCCCUCUGUAUGAGGGGGAGGUGACUACAAAGCCAAAAGAGGUGAGCACUGGAGCCUGUGCAAAGGUAGGGCUCCUGGGGCUCCUGGGGAUCUCCAUCUGUGGAGGAAUUCACCUUUAAGAUGGUCCGUCAACUGACCUCGUCUUUCCAAGGAUGUACCUUUGGUUUCCACUCAGAAGCCAAACUAAAUUCUUCCCAACAUUCCAUCUAAUUAUGAAAUCGAAUAAUAACACAAAAU